GGGCAGGCCUGAGCCAGGAAAGUAGCUGCAAUGAGUUCAGCAGUUCUGGUGGACAUCCAAGAGGAGGUGACUUGCCCCAUCUGCCUGGAACUACUCACAGAACCCCUGAGCAUCGACUGUGGCCACAGCUUCUGCAAAGCCUGCAUCACAAGGAACAGUGAAGAAUCAGUGCGCCACCGAGAAGAGAAGAGCAGCUGUCCUGUGUGCAAGGCCAGCUACCAGCCUGGGAGCCUCCGGCCUAAUCGGCAUCUGGCCAACAUAGUAAAGAGGCUCAGGGAGGUAGUGUUGGGCCCAGGGAAGCAGGCAAAGGUCAUUCUUUGUGCACAGCAUGGUGAGAAACUCCAGCUCUUCUGUAAGGAGGACGGGGAGUUGAUUUGCUGGCUUUGUGAGCGAUCUCAGGAGCACCGUGGUCACCACACAUUCCUCAUGGAGGAGGUUGCCCAGGAGUACCAGGAAAUGUUCCAGGAGUCUCUGAAGAAGCUGAGAAAAGAGCAGCAAGAAGCUGAGAGGCUAAUAGCUGUGAUAAGAGAGAAUAGAACAUCUUGGAAGAGUCAGAUGGAGCCUGAGAGACAUAGAAUCCAGAAAGAAUUUAAUAAGCUGCGGAACAUUCUGGACAGAGAGGAGCAGCAGGAACUGAAGAAGCUGGAGGAGGAAGAGAGGAAAGGGUUGGGCAUUAUGGAGAAAGCAGAGGGUGAGCUGAUCCACCAGAACCAGUCCCUGAGGGAGCUCAUCUCAGACCUGGAGCGGCGAUGCCAGGGAUCCACAGUAGAUCUGCUACAGGACGUGAGUGAUGUCACGAAAAGGAAUGAGUUCUGGACCUUGAGGGAGCCUCUGGCUCUCCCCACCAAGCUGAGAAGUAAGUUCCGAGCCCCAGAUCUGAAACGGAUGCUACGAGUAUUUAGAGAGCUGACAGAUGUCCAGAGCUACUGGGUGGAUGUGACUCUCAACCCACACACAGCUAAUUUAAAUCUCGUCCUAUCUAAAAAUCGGCGGCAAGUGAGGUUUGUGGGAGCGAAGCUGUCAGAGCCUUCCUGUCUGGAAGAACAUCACGACUGCAGUGUCCUGGGCUCCCAGCUCUUCUCCUCGGGAAAAUACUAUUGGGAGGUCGAUGUGUACAAGAAGUCGGCCUGGAUCCUGGGCGUGUGUAGUAAUUCAGGGCAACCGACCUUCAGCCCGUAUGCACACAAGCUGAACACUUGCUCCAGGUAUCAGCCACAGAGCGGGUACUGGGUGAUUGGUUUGCAGCAUAAACACGAAUACAGAGCCUAUGAGGACUCUUCUGCCUCCCUGCUCCUCUCCAUGACAGUGCCCCCUCGCCGCAUUGGGGUUUUCUUAGACUAUGAGGCUGGCACUGUCUCCUUUUAUAAUGUCACCAACCACGGCUUACCCAUCUACACCUUCUCGAAAUACUACUUUCCUACUGCACUCUGUCCAUAUUUUAAUCCUUGCAACUGUGGAGUCCCAAUGACCCUGCGUCGCCCCAGCUCCUGAACAUCCCUGCCCCCACCCCUCAGCUGAUGGAUUCCUGUCUCCACAAGGCUCAUUGGCUCCUGACUCUUCUCUCUCAGGGCUUUUUAUUUAUUUUGUUUUGUUACCAGUACUGGGUCUUCAG